CAACAGCUAAUGUACCCACUACCACAACAACAGCUGAUGCAUCCACUAACACAACAACAGCUAAUGUACCCACUACCGCAACAACAGCUAAUGUACCCACUACCACAUCAACAGCUGAUGUACCUACUAACACAGCAACAGCUAAUGUAACCACUACCGCAACAACAGCUGAUGUACCCACUAACACAACAACAGCUGAUGUACCCACUACCACAACAACAGCUGAUGUACCCACUAACACAACAACAGCUGAUGUACCCACUAACACAACCACAGCUGAAGUCCCCAGCCUUUUAACAACAAGCAUCGCCCCAAACACAAUAACAGACCCCACUUUUAGAACAAACUCAACUGCCCAGCAAGUAGGUAGUAAGUCCAUCUCCCCAAGUUCAUCAUCUCAUCAGUCCAUCUCCCAAAGUUCGUCAUCUCAUCAGUCCAUCUCCCAAAGUUCGUCAUCUCAUCAGUCCAUCUCCCCAAGUUCGUCAUCUCAUCAGUCCAUCUCCCCAAGUUCGUCAUCUCAUCAGUCCAUCUCCCCAAGUUCGUCAUCUCAUCAGUCCAUCUCCCCAAGUUCGUCAUCUCAUCAGUCCAUCUCCCCAAGUUCGUCAUCUCAUCAGUCCAUCUCCCCAAGUUCGUCACCUCAUCAGUCCAUCAUCUCCAGCUUUGUAAGCUCUGAUUGGUCGAGUCGCCAUUUCGGGUCGUUGGAAUACACUAGUUUUCAAGGAAGUGACGCAACUAGGACCACACACCCAGUUGAGUUCUCAAACUCUGAGAGACUGGCCUCAGCAAGUCAAAUAAUCACAACAUCGCCUCAAAUUCAGACUUCUUCACAACUGAAAUUCGUGUCUACAUUAGAAACUUCUAGACUAACGUCAGUUAACAGCUCCUUGGUUACACAGUCUGGUGAAAUCUUGAUAUCUACUUCGAAGUCAACAUUUCAAACACAUCCCACAGCAACUCCCACUACUAAAUUAUCAUUUGAGUUGACACCGCACACUAGUACAGUCAGUUACCAUCCUGGCGAUACCUUGACACCGCACACCAGUACAGUCAGUUACCAUCUUGGCGAUACCUUGCCGUAUAGCUCUGGUUACGGUAAUAUAAAAUCGCCUACUAUAUAUGACAUACUACCAACCCGGCUAACUGAAGUUCAAGGUCACCAAAGCUUCCACUCUCUAGGUGAGCAGAUCCACCGUGACUCUAGCUCACGGCUGUACGAGAUGACGUCAUCGGUGAGCCCCUCUAGAGUGUCCACGUCAUCGGACAGUUUCCAUUUUCAGUGGUCAAGAUCAGUAACUCCGACGGAAUCCUCCAUAUUUUCUUCACGCUCUGACAGUGAAGUUAUUGCGUCAGUAGAGUCUAUGACUCUGUUGUCUCUUAACAGUGACUCUCAUUCACUUGAACAGUUUAAUUCUGUUUCAUCAGUCAUCCAGGGAUCUUUGAUAAGCCUAACUGAUGCGUCAGCCGCAGUGACUCCCGAAUCCAUCAACACAAACGCACAUACCCUAGUCUAUUCUGACUCCAAUAUCCAAACUCAUUCUACUAACAUUACAGCAUUUCAAACAAUGAGUGCGUCUUCACCAGCAUUAACGGACCGAGCUGAUCCAACUACCUCCUCCUCCUCAACAUUGAGCCAGCCGAUGUGGACGGUUGAGCCCUCUAGGCCACAUACAUCCCCUUAUACGACCAGCACGAUGAUGGUAUCACUGGACGAAAACAACGUCACUAACUUAACUACGCCAACGUCACCUAGCAACCUAUACAUUUUAUUUACAUUUACGACCAGCGAUUGCACGUCCUUGACCCAUUCUCCAUACAUCGAAGAGCUUAAACUCAAGAUCUGUGAGCUUUUCACCAAGCUGUCACACAACAUAAACAUAACACAUAUUUCAAUUGAGGAUCCCCAAUGCGUUCAUAACACAAUCGUUGUCAAUUUUAAAGAUACAAUAAGCUCUUUGCUAAUAACAAAUCUAGAAAACUUCAUAUUAGGAAAAGGUGAACCAUCUCAUUUUCAUUUAGGACCAGAAGGUAACAAGAUCCUGUUUAAUAUAACACAUUGGCAAAAGAUGGAUCAACCUGCCCCUAAAUCAUCACGUGGUGCAGGAGAAGUAGCUGUCAUAACAACUGCAGUAUGUGUAUGCGUGGCUUUGAUUGCAACUGGAGUCGUCAUACUAGUCAAAGAAUUUUAUUAUAAAAAAAUUAACAAAAGGAUCAAUUUCAUGGAACCGCCGAACUUUUUCUUCAAAUCGGCA